AUGCCCUCGCCCGCCGCGGCGCCCGCCAAGCGCAAGAUUGCCGACCGUGGCAGUUUGGUGGCCACCGGCGCCAACAGCAACGCCCACGACCCAGCCAUCUCUCCACCCCCCACAAAGCGCAAGACCCAGGCCUCCGUCUCCAAGACUGUCGUCGCCAACUUCUUCACGCCCGCCUCCCAGAAACCGAAGCCGCCGAAACCCCCGCCGAGCCAGGUGACGUGGGAGGAGCGGGCUCCGGCCGAGGGCCAGCCCACCAGUCUGCUGGUGGCCACGUUCGGGGGCGGGGCACGACGACAGCCUAUCAUCGCGCCGAUCAAAGUCGCUGCAUUCGACCUCGACUCCACCCUGAUCACGACCGCCUCGGGCAAGAAGCACGCCGAGGGCGCGGGCGACUGGACCUGGUGGGACCGGCGGGUGCCGGAGCGGCUGCGGGCGCUGCACGACGACGGGUUCCAGGUCAUCAUCUUUACCAACCAGGGCGGCCUGGCCUUGCACCCGGAUCCCAAAAAGGAUGCGAAGAAGAAGAAGAACGAUACACAAGACAGGGUGGCCGACUUCAAGAAAAAGUGUGCGCUGGUGCUGACGGACCUGGGUCUGCCGGUGACGCUGUUUGCGGCGACGGGGAAAGACCGGUUCCGCAAGCCGAGAACAGGCAUGUGGGAGGAGAUGGUACAAGACUUGGGGAGUCGCAUGGCGCGCCACGAAAGCGACAAGUCCGCGAGCGCCACCGAGGACAAACAGGACAAGGUGGGCGCCGGCGCGGACCAGACGCAGGACGCAAAGACGAUCGACAUUGACAACAGCUUCUUUGUGGGCGACGCCGCCGGCCGUCCGGCCACCGUGCGCAAUGGCAAAAGUGUCCCCAAAGACUUCAGCUGCAGCGACCGCAACCUGGCCGCCAACGUGGGCGUGCGCUUCGAGACGCCCGAAGAGUACUUUUUGGGCGAGGCGCCGCGGCCGUUUACGCGGACGUUUGACCUGGACGACCACCCAUUCGAGGAUCCGAGUCCAACAACGGCCACGACCACAACAGCGGCAGGCCCCUUUGUCAAGGGCACCGCCCCAGAACUGGUCGUCUUCUGCGGCCCACCCGGAGCCGGCAAGAGCACCUUUUUCCGCACACACCUGGCGCCGCUCGGCUACGAGCGCGUCAACCAGGAUACCCUCAAAACAAAAGAAAAGUGCCUCAAGGCUGCGGCGGCUCAUCUUCAGGGCGGCGCCUCUGUCGUCGUCGACAACACCAACCCGGAUCCGGCGACACGUGCGCUCUGGGUCGACCUCGCCAAGAAGGCCGGCGUGGCCGUUCGGUGCGUGUGGUUCACGACCAGCCCGGCCACGUGCGAGCACAACGACGCGGUGCGCGCGCUCAACAAGGCGCUGAACCCAGACAACCGGGAGGCGCUGCCUCGCAUCGCGUUCAACGGCUUCUUCUCGCGCUUCCGGGAGCCCAAACCGGCAGAAGGGUUUGCCGACAUUACCCAAGUGGCCUUUGCCUUCCGCGGGACCGCGGCUGAGUAUGCCAUGUGGGGGAAAUAUUGGUUGUAG